AUGGCACUCUGUAAUACAUGCAAGGCCUUGCCCAUCCGCAGCAUUCUCAAGCUUGCCCGGGGCGAUAGCGAUGUCAAUGACCAUUUCCAGCGGUUCCCGGUACCCGGAUCCUACCACGGAAAUGAAGCGUCACCAUUCGUCAAAUGGCACAACAGCCUGUCCGAUCUGCAGAAAAGUGCAACCCAACUGUGCACGUUCUGCCAUUCCAUCUUCAAUCGCCUGAGUAACAGCUACCAUUAUCACGCAAAUUGCAAAGACCUUGACGAGAAAUUAUGGCUAGAGUUGGGCGUGGGCUCAGCCAGGUUGAGCGUGUACAUGGGCGAAAAGAUGCCAACAGUACGUCUCAGUGGCAAGUUCUGGUACAUGUCAACACCAGAUAGUGCCGUCGCAGACUGCUUCAGGGAGCAUGAGAUCAUUUCGGACUCGUUACAUCCCUACGUGCUUCAGAAGACGUCGGCAUGGGUGAACCAGUGCGACGACCACCAUGCGAGCUGCCGACAAUCGACGCAAGAAACGACCUUGCUACCCACACGCCUUCUGGACCUCGGCUCGCUGCCUAAAGCCGCAGACUUCGAAGGCAUCCGCGGUGAUCCACGGGCUCAACUUGAAGACACAUCGCUGAAGCUUGUAGAACCCUCUUCAGGCAGCACAGGCCGGUAUAUCGCGUUGAGCUAUUGUUGGGGAAAAGGGUUGCCUAUCACGACCAUUUCGAAGAACUUGGAAAAGCAUAAAGAGAAGAAUGGAAUCAAGUACAAGCAGCUACCCUCGACCCUCCGAGACGCCGUCUUCCUUACCAGAUAUCUGGGCGUUCGAUACCUGUGGGCAGAUUGUCUCUGCAUCAUACAAGACGACAAAGCGGAUUGGGAGAAGGAGGCGUCUCGAAUGGCUGAUGUGUACACCAACGCGUGCCUCACAAUCGCUGCUACGCGUGCCAGCCACUGUGGGGAGGGCUUUCUGCAAGCACGCAAAGCGAAAGACCGACACGUCGUCAAUUUCACGGAUGAACAAGGGUCAUUCGAGGUUUUUAUCUAUUAUGACGAUCUGACUAUGUCUCCCGGCUCCAUGGAGUCUAUCAUCGAUCAGUCGAUCAAGAUGCGAAGAGAAGAGCCUCUCUUGAGCCGAGUCUGGGUCCUCCAGGAACGUGUCCUGGCACGUCGCACGAUACACUUCGCGAGCUACCAGAUGCAAUGGGAGUGCUCUGAGCAAGUCCUUACCGAAGACGGAUACAUUGAAGAUUACAAAGCGUGUGAAGAGAUCUCUUUGGAACGGAUCGCGCGGGGACUCAAGAGCAUGAAGGACGCGCCAGUGCUACGAGACACUCAACGAUCCCAGAACGCAGAGGUCACUUGGAGGUUCAACCCAGCAUGGCGCGUAUGGUCGCGCUUGAUCGAAGAGUACACAUCUCGCAACAUGACCUUUCAAACUGACAAACUACCCGCACUUUCUGGUGUCAUCUCGGCGCUACAGAAGCUCACUGGCGACGUCUGCCUCGCUGGAAUCUGGAAAAGCUGGUUUCUUCAAGGCUUACUCUGGCGCCUGCAGAUACCCGACUGGGACGAAUACGUCUUCUUUCCCAAGACGCCACAGCGAACGGACUCUUGGAGAGCUCCGUCAUGGUCAUUUGCGUCUGUUGAAGGCGUCGUAGUCUACCAUGCGCUUGACCACGAUCCUGGCCGAGAGACAUGCGCGGAACUGCUCGAAUGCGACGUUCGCCCCAAGGGAGUCAAUCCACUCGGAGAAUUAACCACGGGAUACGCGAAGAUCAAGGCACCGGUUGCUGCAGUGUUUGACGUGUCGCCCGAGCUUUCAGAGACUGGAAGAGGAUGCAAAGUCCGCAUGACAAAUGACAUUAUUGCAGAAGGCAGUGUAUGGUUCGACGUCGAAGUGCACGACUCUUGUCAAGUGCUUAUGAUUACGCCUCAUACGGGCAUUGCUAUCGUACCAGUCGAUAAAGUGACCUACACAAGAGUCGGAGUGGUCACGGUAUUCAAUCUUUAUGACCCCACGAACAAAGCUUCCAGGCGCGACGACACGGCUUUCAUGAACCGCGACAAGUCGAUUUCGACGUCUUACUACCCAGGUGCGGAAACCAUCACCCUGUUGUAA